AUGCUGCAGAAGUCAAAGGGAGUUGAGGGUCUAGCCUCCGAAACGGUCAAUCAAAAGCACAAGGCUGUACAACUUCCACUGGGAACGCUCAUAAUGGACGAUGCUUCAAACAAAUGUUGGGCACGCAGUCCCGCGAUUCACGAGCUUGCUUCGAAAACCUUCAAACGGACUCCAAAUGGAAUCAUUUUUACUGAGGACCUCAAAAAAGUAUAUGCUAUACUACUCAUAUGCUUGGAUUUGAAGCCAAAGCCUAACAUAAGUCAUAGGGUAUUACGCGCGCCUUUUCAGAGAGUGCACCCGUACUCGUUCAGUCUGAAAGAAGCAAUAUCGAAAAUGGCUGACUUGGCGCUAGAAGUAAAUAUGAAUACGACAACUGUUUCAGUUUCGUACGCAAUUCAACCAGAGCUUGCGUGUAGAAUUCUCAAGACGUUUAUGGAUGCAAAGUUGCUCCAUAUUCCGGCAGACAGAACACGAUGCGACCUAAAAAGCGGCGUUGCUAUCCAACCGACCCCCAAAGGCGUGGCGAUCCUUCAACGGUACGUGCGCCAGGCAGGACUGAAGGAGCUUCCGCCAAUUUUGAAGUCAAAUCUGAACUCUAUGGAACUGUUUUGUUUCGAGAGAAGCUCCAUGACUGACGCUAUUGUGCACAGUGACUAUUUUGUAUCCCUUCUAUUCAAAAAGCUUAUGGGACCUUGUUGCAACAUAUGGUCGCCAGACAAAUAUCCCGAUAAACUUCCCGUUCUCUCGAAGUUACUAGAGUGUGCAGAUGAAACUUUUACAUUUGAGGAUUUUAAUGGAGAUCAGAACACAGAAGCCGGUCAAGAUUCUGAUGUAUCUCAGUCAGAUUUUGGUUUUGGUAGAUACAAAACGCAAAAAGAGCUUAGAGUAUCACCGCUAGCUCACAGAUUUUUUACAAACCCAGAUUCAACUUCACAUGUCCAGUAUUAUGUGUCAACUAGCGGUUUGAGACUUUUCAAACCAACCACUUUCAGGAACAAAAAUAGACUUUACGAGUGCGUUUUUUCAACUAAAGCUAUCUGGCAAUGGCUUAUGGACUGCACAGACAUCGUUUACCCAAAAGAGGCAGUCACUGUAUCUUCCUUGUUUCUGAAGAACGGGCUCAUUAUGCCUAUUAUGUUAGAACCCUCUGAGAACCGCAAAAAUAAGUUCUCCAUAGGUUCAAGGUGCCUUUUUACAUUGGCAGAUUUGGGCCGGGAAACAGUCCAAUGGGAUCAAGAAAACAAUGCAGGAGCAAACCAGAAAGAUUUUAAAGUUUUGAACUCUCCGUGCAAUAUUCCGAGCGGAAUGGGUGUCGGCAGACAAUGCAUCGCGAAAAGCCAAAGCGUUUCCACCUUGUGCUCAGAGUCUGCCCGAGGCUCAGGGCAGCUUUGUAUAAUGGACUUAAACCACAUCUUGCGAGAUCCGGGGAUGCGCUAUCUCUUCCGAACGCACUUAGAGAGCGAGUUCUGUGCCGAAAACCUUGAUGUCUACAUUGAAAUAAAGAAAUUUCUGAAGCGGAUGACUGUUUUGAAGAAUCUAAUUGAGGCGCGUACAUCUAGGGAGCAGGGAGAUAAAUCGCCAACCAAGAAAUCAAAGCAUUCCAGUCAUUUGGUCAUGAAUACCAUCAACUCGGCUCUUUUUAGGCAGGCGAAUGAAUGUCUCGAAACUGCCUAUCAAAUAUAUUCAUCUUUUAUUACCUCGGGUUCUCCGUAUCAGUUGAAUCUUGAUCACGCUCUAAGAGAGUCAAUAACGGAGGUAAUAAUGCGCCCUCAACCCCGCAUGUUCAUAUCAUGUUCCACAGAAGCCGCUGUUGCAGAGAAUUUUAUGGAACUUCCACACGACCGUGGAGGCGUUCCGCUCAAGCGCACUUCGCUGCAGCAGGGGGCUCAGAUCAUAGAAAACGAUAAUACGUGCGCUACAACCGAAAUUGAAGAUCAACAGGCCUGUAAAACUACCGCCAGCACUAUGACUAGCCAGGUUCAGACUAAUGAGAAGGGAAACAAAGUUUAUGACGUAGCAGAUAACUCCCUUUCAAGCAUCUUGAAAACUUUGAAGCUCAUUUACCCUCUUUUUGAAAAGGUUGCGGGAUCAAUGUAUCACCUAAUGAGCGUAGAUUCUUUGCCGAAGUUCAUCAAUUCUGAAAUCUACCAAGAAGCAGCCGUGAUGCUGAAUAUUGAAGCAAGGAUUGCGUAG